AUGGUUUUGUCUGGAUUGGAUCUGGGGGCGGGGAGGGAGGGAGGUUGGAAUUACGACGAGGACGACGAGGGGAUGGAGCCAGCGAUGAGCAUCGACAACGGCCAACAGAUGCAAAUCAUGUGCCCCACACCCACUUUCCAUCCACGCGCUCCGGCUCCGAAGCCAUCGCCGUCUGGCGCGCCACUCUCCGCCAAAUUUAUGAGGCUCCUCAAUGCUUUAAUGGGUUUAUUGCUAGUCCGCACUCAGCUGUUGUCCUGUUCUCCUUUCUGCAGCCGGCUUUGGUUUCUGGAACUCAGUCUUCUACGUCUUUCAAGCUCCAGGUGUUGUUUAGUUUGGGAGUUUCUUCUAAGGGUGUACUGUUGGAAAUUUCGAGUUCGAGCUACUUGGAAGUGUAUAGACUAUUUCCUUCCUGGGAUUUGCGUGGACAUGGCUACUCCAGCCCCCGCUGCAGCACCCGAGGCUGCUGCUCCUGCACCCGUAGAUGCAGGGAAUCCAGCUGCUGAGCCCCCUGCACCUGCCGUGGAAUCGAAGGCCAUCACAACGGGUGCCCCUGCCCCAGCGGCUGUCACCAAGGUCGAAGAAGCACCUACGGAACCCGGCACUAUCAUUCACAUGGAGAAGGCUACCCAAAAAAUUGAGCAUGAGUUGCUGUAUAAAAGAGUGGAAACCUGGGAGGAGUCUGCGAAAGCGAAAAUUGAUAAUAGAUUUAACAGAGAGGAGAAGAGGAUCACUGAAGAGGAGGCGACAAUGAAGACCAAAGCCGAAGCCCGCCUUAGAAAAAAAGAGGAGAAGCUUGAGAACUUACGGGCGAAGUACACGGAGAUGAUGAAAAAUGAAAUCGCAGCUGCCCACAAGGCCGCCGAGGAGAAGAGGGCCGUUAACGCUGCUAAGAAGGGUGAAGACAUUCUCAAAACCCAGGAGAUGGCUGCUAAGAUCAGGGCAACGGGAAAAUUCCCUGUGAAGUACGGUUGUUUUGCGGCCUAAAAUCCUCGACUUUCAUUUCUCCCCUACAUCCAUAGAUUUUCUCUUAGAGUUAUGGGAUUUUAUCAAUAUCAACCUGUGUGGAAAGAAUGCGUUAGCAAACCCUAUUUGACGAGAUCGACUAGACUCUGUAUUUUGGGAGGCAAGAAGGUCACGGAAUCUCGGUGUAUUGUAAAGUCGCAUGUGAAAAACAUCCAGCUCAGUCUAGUAUAGGGACAAAUGCCCAUCUGCUUUUCCAUUGCAGCUAUCCUACGGUUAGUGUACGACAUUCUUAUUCCGGGUCAUCUCUGCGUGUUCCAUGACGAAGUAGUUUUGGGGGUCCUUAGUUGUAAAGAGUGAGCUCAACUGUCACAGUUGUAACAUCUACACGCAUUAAUAAACAUAUAGAGGAGGUAUUCAUUGAUAUA